AUGCCAAUUUCGGUGGUGGUGAGCUUGGGGCUGGUGGUGUACCGCGCUUUGGACCACACGCACGGCGAUGACGAGGAGCGACUCAUCUCGCCCGACCUCGAGGCGCUCAUCUCCGACAUGACUCUCUCUAACGGAAACCUUACCGAGGAAGAGGAGGAGUGCGGUCUGUCGGAAUCGCUGGAGAGCGUGCGCGCCGGCGAUACCGACGACGAGGGCAUCGAGAGAGACGCCGAACCGCCGCAAGCUCGUCGCCGACGCCUCGCGCUGUUUCUGCUCGAGGACGUCGUCGAGGUAACGCUUCGAGCGACCGGUCCCAAAGGUCGGAAUCUUCGGAAAGGCGGGCCUGAACGAAGGACUGGUAUGUUGCAGCGUUGCGCGUGGCACGCGGGGGUGGGUCGCGGCAGAGGCGCGCGAGAGACUGCGGCGGCGCACUAUCGCGCCGUGUGCCGGGCGCUGGUCGCCGAGGCGCUGGAGCUGGCGUCGUUUUUGGCGCGAGUCAGGGUCACCCCCGCCAGGGACCUCGGCGCCGCGGAUGACUCCGCUUCGCAUCUCGACACACUGCUGUUCUCCGACUGGGUAACUGUCCCUUUUACCAUAGCGACCUGUCCUGCCCGACCUGCGAGUGUCGUUAUGCACCUUAGCGAGACGUAG